AUGAUUCCCUCACAUUCCUCCUCGUCGAAUUACUUUUCAUCCUCUUCUCCAAAAAUUCUUCAGUCUCAUCAAUCUCUCUCCAAUCCACAACAACAACAAUCCAUCACCAUGAUGGACCACUAUCAUCUGGCUAUGCAACAUUUCAAUCGGAAAGAGUAUGAGCCUUGUAUUGAAAAUUUAAACAAAUUAUUGAAAAAUACAACCAAUACCACAGAAAUUUUCAAAAUUAAACACAAUAUGGCCAUUGCCAAAUAUUUAUGCGAAAUUAAUAGUAGUGAUUCAUACAAUGAAUGUUCCGAAGAAAGAUUGUUGUUAGAAUUGGAAGAAAUCAAACAAUCUACCAAAAAACAUUCUAAUCAUCAAUUUCCUAUUUUAAUUUAUAAUCAGGCUGUUUUAUACUACAAAAAAGAAAAGUACAAAAAAGUACUAGAAUUAUUGGAACCAUUGUUUGAAAGUUUAGAUUUGAAUGAUCAACAUACCACUCAGUUAUUGAAAUAUGAUGAAUUUUUAGUUUUAAAAAUUUGCUUUUUAUUAUUGGAUAUCUAUAUCGAUGUCAUGAAAUGUGUCGACAAGUCACUCCUUGUGAUCAAAUAUAUCGACAACAACUUUCAAUCCAUUAUUCAAAGUUCUAUUCCAUCUCUUCCUCAAUUGAAUAUUACAGAGCUUUCAAUAACAGAAUCUAAAUUCAACAUUUUCUACUACAAGUCUAAAAUAUCUAUUCUAAGAAAGGAGAGUUUGAGCACAACACUAGAAUAUAUUAAUUCUGCCAAUCAGAUCAUUAAAAAUGCUAUUGCAAAGGAUAAUGAAAACAAAUAUAUUAAUGAUUUGAUGGCAACUAAAUUAUGCUUAUUGGAUUGUUUUUUAAAAAUUAACAAGAAAUCAAAUAAUAACGAUGAAUCGUAUUCUCAAAUCAUGAAAGAAUGUGUUGAAAUUUUGGGACAACACAGAGGAAGACUUUCACCAGUGGUUUAUUUCAACAAUCUUGGUUGUUUAUUUCUACACAUGGAUAAUAAGGAACCAUCGAUCAUGUCUCAAUUUUAUUUUUCAAAAGCCUCCCAGAGUGGAAAUGCUCAAUCUCAAUAUAAUCUUGCUUUCCAAUUGCUUUUGAGAGAAUCUAAAAAUAUUGAAGAAGUUGCACGAUGUCUCUCUCAAAAUAGUCCAUUCCUUGCACCCUAUGAGCUGUUUCACAAAGCAUCUCUAACAAUGUAUGACAAUCCAUAUCUUUGGAUUCGAAUGGGAGAAUGUAUAUUAUGUGAAAAUCAGAGACUUCUCAAGAAAGAUAUUCAUGAGGCGUUUCAGCAAAUGACAAAUAGUCUUGUUAAUAGCCCUACUGUUUCAUUACCUGUUCUGGGAAAUCAAUUAGGAGUGAAGAAGUUUUCAACUCACAAGGAAUUUUUACAAGUUCACGAAGAUUCAAUCAUGAAGCAAAACAAAUAUCAUUUGGAAUUAUUGAACGACAGAUUCACACCAAAUUCCCUAGAGGAAAUGUCAUUAGAAAUGGCUGAAAAAUGUUUUCACAAUGCGCUCACUAUUUUACAAGCUAUGAUUCAUGAAUUCAAAAAAAGACAUGGAGAGAAUAUCACUGAGGACCAUAAUCACAAUACUGAAGUGUCAAUGUUCUAUCUUCGAUUACAACGAGCUCUCAUGAAUGUUACUCUGAAAUUGGCCUAUGUAUCACUUGCAUUAGAUAAUCCAUUGUUAUCUCUCUCGCAUUGCAAAACCAUCUUAUCCCUUUCCUUGUCUUAUUCUAAUAUUGUUGCCAUUCCAUCCAUUGGAAUAUGUCCUAUUCAAUAUACAAUUAUUGCUUUGUGUUAUGCCUUUGAAGCAUUAACGAUCACAGAUCAAUCGGAAAAGAUUUUUCAAUUGAUAUCACCUCAACAAUUGCAAACACUUUUAUCCUAUUUGCAACAACAACAAGACCAUUCCAUUGUACAAUUUGGUCUCUUAUUGAAUUUAGCAAUCAUUCAUGUCAUUCAAGGAAAUUAUGAAAAAUCUCAGCAAACACUGAAUCACAUAACAAGUGAUCCUCAAACAUUACCCUCUGAGGUGAAACCUUACUAUUAUUUGAUACAGCUCUACUUAUUGAUUGUGGAGGGUAAAACGAAACAAGCUUUAGAAUUGAUUUCAACCAUACGAGGAGUUUAA